AUGCAAUGGACAGCAGUGAAAGUCGCCUCGCAGAUUCUAAGACACCACCAUGGUGUAACGGCGUGCGUCAUCGGAGAUCUCGCUCUCACGUAUUACAACGCGCCGGGUAAGCAUAAUGUAAGCGAGCUGGAACUAUGUGUUCCAGAUUCGAGUGUGAACGCGGCGCCGGGCCUACUUUGUUCAACUGGCCUGUUCGAGCCCGCUGAUUUGCGGAAGGAGUCUGCAGUCGACAUUCAGUUGCACAUGAGACUGUGUAUGUCAAAAUACAGGCUCCAUUUCCCCAGUCUGCGCACCACGGGCUGGACUGAACCCCUGGUUCUCAUCCUCUUGCCCGCCUCUUUCUUCGGCCUGGGUAGGAUUGAAGAUCUCCUCGUCAAAUGGCCGGAGGGGCGGAGCUUCCACCUCAGCAAAUACCUCCUUGCUGAGGGGUUGGGCCAAAAUGACAUAGAAAGGAUUUCAUUCCCUCGCCUGAAACCUCUCAUUACCUGGCUGGGGAAGUCAUACCUUUACACAAAUGACGGUUAUGAGAGGCAUCCGCUCCAAGACCUGGUCGAUGGACUUAAUCUCGAUGAAGUUUGGAUUCAGAACCACCUUCAGGAUGCCAACCCUGCCCUUGCCGCCUUGCUCAAGGGAUUCAUUCGUACCAAGCGAGAGAGGAUCUACAUGUAUGGCAGCGACAACACCGUCACCCGCUUCAUCAAGGACGAGAAGGAGGCGGAGGAUGUGAAGAGGAUUCCUGGGUAUGAAUGAUCGAAGUCUCGGUAGCAACGCCACAAGGCAAAAAUCAGUCGACAUCCUUAGGGAUUUGUACUUGCUUAGCCUCGGGGAUCUACGAGGUCGAAAGGGUAGAACCGUAGAAGGGAGGAAAGGAAACUAACAGGCAC